AUGCUUGCCUGGGCUGGGGAGGAUGACUGUGAGGAGAUGAAGGUGUAUUUUUCCCAGAGCAAAUGGACCAGUUUGGCGGAAUGGGAGAAAAAGCGCUACAGAAACACGAAGAGGAACCACUUGGCCAUGCUGGCUAUAGGUCUGCAGCCGCUGGUCCCUGUGUUUAUGAGGCGUGGCCGGGAGGGGAGGGAGAGAGAGCGCAGACCGCCCCCACAAGGACCUAGUGACACAGUGGAGGAAGAGGAAGAGGAAGAAUGGACCCCUCACCUGGAGAGACAACACCAGGGUAAAACUCAAAGGAGAAGGGAGAAGAAUUCCAGAACACCUUCUACAGAAACCACUUCUAAACCCCCUCAGUCCAGAAGACCUUCUACAGCCUCCACUUCUAAACUCCCUCAGUCCAGAACAGCUUCUACAGCCUCCACUUCUAAACUCCCUCAGUCCAGAACACCUUCUACAGCCUCCACUUCUCAACCACCUCAGUCCAGAACACCUUCUACAGCCUCCACAUCUAAACCCCCUCAGUCCAGAACACCUUCUACAGCCUCCACUUCUAAACCCCCUCAGUCCAGAACACCUUCUACAGCCUCCACUUCUAAACUCCCUCAGUCCAGAACACCUUCUACAGCCUCCACUUCUAAACCCCCUCAGUCCAGAACACUUUCUACAGCCUCCACUUCUAAACCCCCUCAGUCCAGAACACUUUCUACAGCCUCCACUUCUAAACCCCCUCAGUCCAGAACACCUUCUACAGCCUCCACUUCUAAACCCCCUCAGUCCAGAACACCUUCUACAGCCUCCACUUCUAAACCCCCUCAGUCCAGAACACCUUCUACAGCCUCCACUUCUAAACCCCCUCAGUCCAGAACACCUUCUACAGCCUCCACUUCUCAACCACCUCAGUCCAGAACACCUUCUACAGCCUCCACUUCUAAACCCCCUCAGUCCAGAACACCUUCUACAGCCUCCACUUCUAAACCCCCUCAGUCCAGAACACCUUCUACAGCCUCCACUUCUAAACCCCCUCAGUCCAGAACACCUUCUACAGCCUCCACUUCUAAACCCCCUCAGUCCAGAACACCUUCUACAGCCUCCACUUCUAAACCACCUCAGUCCAGAACACUUUCUACAGCCUCCACUUCUAAACCCCCUCAGUCCAGAACACUUUCUACAGCCUCCACUUCUAAACUCCCUCAGUCCAGAACACCUUCUACAGCCUCCACUUCUAAACCCCCUCAGUCCAGAACACCUUCUACAGCCUCCACUUCUAAACCCCCUCAGUCCAGAACACCUUCUACAGCCUCCACUUCUAAACCACCUCAGUCCAGAACACUUUCUACAGCCUCCACUUCUAAGGCUAUCUCAGCCUCAACCAAAACCCUCAACACAGCGACCUUAACCCCUACUGAGACACAGACCUUAACCUCGUCCCCAAUCAGAACCAAAUGUUCUGACACCACAGCCACGCCUAAAACCUCGACUAGCUCAGAGGUGAGCCCAGCCUCAGCCAGGUCCACUGCUACACAGGUAACCACAUGGUCUGACCCUUCGACCCCAGCCAGACCCCAGCUGAGCAGAGGACCAGUGGUGACACGUAUUUACACCUGGAUGUGGACUGACUGGGACAGUCACAAAACGGGAAGAGAACCUUCAAGACAACCUCACCUGGAUGAGCUGACUGGAGAGAGAGAAGGAGAGGCGAGAGAGAGUAGGGACGAGACGGAGAGGAAGACAAAGAAAGAGAAGGAAAGCGAGGGAGAAGAGGAGAAACAGGAGCCGCUGAACGAAGAGAGAGAUGGAGAAAAGGAGAGAGAGAGCGAAGGAGAGAUGGAAUCAGAGUGGAAGAAGAUGGGGUGGAACAGUGGGGGAGAGGAGGAAAGCGGGAGUGAAGGAGAGAGCACACCCAGCAGCUCUCACAGGGACCAAGUGUGUGUGUCAGAGCGGAUGAAGAGGGCGUGGCGACGACAGCAGAUGUCAGAGGUGAAGAGGUACACUCGAGGUGUGAACCUUCGCAGCAGAGCCAGAGUCAGCUAUACUGAGGAAGAGGAGCUGAGAGACGAAGAUUACUUCUUCUGUGAGGAGUGCAAGUCUUUCUUCAUCGAGGAGUGUGAGCUCCACGGUCCCCCCCACAUCAUCCCAGACACCCCGGCCCCGCUGGGGGCCUCAGACAGGGCCAGACUCACCCUGCCGCCCGGCCUGGAGGUCAGGACAUCAGCCAUCCCUGGAGCUGGGCUGGGGGUCUUCAACCACGGACACACCGUGCCCCAAGGGACGCACUACGGACCGUAUGAAGGAGAACUCACAGACACGGAGCUGGACAUGGAGAGUGGAUACUCCUGGGUGAUCUACAAAAGCAAGCAGAGUGACGUGUACAUUGAUGCCAAGAGAGACACUCACUCCAACUGGAUGAGGUAUGUGAACUGUGCCCGUAGUGAAGAAGAGCAGAAUCUGGUGGCCUUCCAGUACAGAGGAGGGAUUCUGUACCGCUGCUGUAAGCCUAUAGCUGUUGGAGAGGAGCUGUUGGUGUGGUACGGAGAGGAAUACGCCAGAGACCUGGGCAUCAUCUUCGACUUCCUCUGGGACAAAACAAGCACAGCUAGAGGUGUGAAUGAGUCGUCCCAGAUCUUUUCCUGCUCUGGUUGUCCGUUCUCCUUCACAGCUCAGAUCUACCUCUACAAGCACAUAAAGAGAUGCCACAGGGAAGAGUACGUCAGGCUGCUGAGGAGUGGAGGGAUUAGAUCAGAGACACUAGCACCACCCAGUGGCUCUCAGCGGUGUUCAACAACUCCAGAUCGCACCCCAAUCACACUCCUCGCCCAGAAACACAGAGACACAGGGAAGCCAAGACCUCACCACUGCUCUCAGUGUGGGAAGAGUUUCCAUCGAUCAGGAGACUUAAAGGUACACCAGCGUAUUCACACAGGAGAGAGGCCGUAUCACUGUUCCCAGUGUGGGAAGAGUUUCAGUGUGUCAGGACAUUUAAAGACACACCAGCGUAUUCACACAGGAGAGAGGCCAUAUCACUGUUCACAGUGUGGGAAGAGUUUCCAUCGAUCAGGACACUUAAAGGUACACCAACGUAUUCACACAGGAGAGAGGCCGUAUCACUGUUCCCAGUGUGGGAAGAGUUUCAGUGUGUCAGGACAUUUAAAGACACACCAGCGUAUUCACACAGGAGAGAGGCCAUAUCACUGUUCACAGUGUGGGAAGAGUUUCAGUGUGUCAGGACAUUUAAAGACACACCAGCGUAUUCACACAGGAGAGAGGCCAUAUCACUGUUCACAGUGUGGGAAGAGUUUCCAUCGAUCAGGACACUUAAAGGUACACCAACGUAUUCACACAGGAGAGAGGCCGUAUCACUGUUCCCAGUGUGGGAAGAGUUUCAGUGUGUCAGGACAUUUAAAGACACACCAGCGUAUUCACACAGGAGAGAGGCCAUAUCACUGUUCACAGUGUGGGAAGAGUUUCAGUGUGUCAGGACAUUUAAAGACACACCAGCGUAUUCACACAGGAGAGAGGCCGUAUCACUGCUCUCAGUGUGGGAAGAGUUUCAGUGUGUCAGGACAUUUAAAGACACACCAGCGUAUUCACACAGGAGAGAGGCCAUAUCACUGUUCACAGUGUGGGAAGAGUUUCCAUCGAUCAGGACACUUAAAGGUACACCAACGUAUUCACACAGGAGAGAGGCCGUAUCACUGUUCCCAGUGUGGGAAGAGUUUCAGUGUGUCAGGACAUUUAAAGGAACACCAGCGUACUCACACCUGACUAUGAGUCACUAGCACCAACUGAUUUACCGGUGGCAUUCCAAAACCCUA